CUACAUGCGCGCGUGAUGCACCAUGGCGCAGCGCGAUGAUUGACAGCUCGGCAGCCAAUCAAAGCCCAGAUCAGGGAUUUAGGGCGGGCGUUCCUCCAAGAGCAAGCGGUUUUCAGCUAUGUGUCCCGAGAAGAUGGAGGUGCUUUUGAGAGAGACGAGCUAUCUGUGAUGAGCACGAGGAGUUCAGAUUUGUUUAAGAAGACCAGAAGAAGCUGAAGGAACCUCUGAUUCUUCUACAACUCCGGUCUGUGAAGGUUCUGCAGCAUUUUUAUUUCAUUCUCUCAAGAAAGCAUUCCUCAUCUCAGUGAGCGGAAAUAUGGGGGCUGCCAGUUACGGCUAUUACCGCACGGUCAUUUUCACCUCAUUGUUUUUGGGUUACCUGCUGUACUACUUCAACCGGAAAACGUUCUCCUUUUUGAUGCCGUCGGUUAUGGAGGAGAUCGAGCUAGAUAAGGAAGAACUCGGUCUGAUCACGAGCAGUCAGACUCUGGCAUACGCCAUCAGUAAGUUCAUCAGCGGAGUGCUGUCGGAUCAGAUCAGCGCCCGCUGGCUCUUCUCCUCCGGCCUCCUCAUCGUCGGGGCCAUCAACGUGCUCUUCUCUCAGUCCUCCAGCCUCACAGCAUUCACCUUCCUCUGGUUUUUGAACGGCCUCGGCCAGGGAUUCGGCUGGCCGCCGUGCGGCAAAGUGCUGCGCAAGUGGUUCGAGCCGUCCCAGUUUGGCACGUGGUGGGCCGUUCUGUGCUGCAGCAUGAACCUGGCUGGGAGUUUGGGUCCCAUCAUCACCACGCUGCUGGCUCUGUACUACAGCUGGAGGAUCAUCAUCUGCGUCUCCGGUGUGAUCUGCAUGGCCUUUGCUUUCGUCUGCCUGCUGCUGGUGAAGAACGAGCCCAGAGAUGUGGGUCUGCCCAGCAUCCAGGUUGGCACCAAGAAGGGCAAAGGCAAAAAAGGAACCCUGAACGAUGAGAGCACGUUGAGAGAGUUCCUGUUGUCUCCAUACCUGUGGGUUUUGUCCUUCGGUUACCUGGUGGUGUUCGGGGUGAAGAUCGCGUGCACCGACUGGGGGCAGCUGUUUCUCAUGCAGGAGAAAGGCCAGUCGGUCAUGAUGGGCAGUUCGUACAUGAGUGCCCUGGAGGUCGGAGGUUUUGCUGGUAGCAUCGCAGCAGGCUUCAUCUCCGACAGAGCCGUUGCCCGGCAAGGACUGGGGACACAUGGCAACCCUCGUCAUACACUCCUCUUAACCAUGAUGGCGGGCAUGGCCGUGUCCAUGUAUCUCUUCCGAGUCACCAUCACUCCGGAUGUCCAAGAAGAAGCUCCACUCUGGGUUAUCGUUCUCCAUCCAGUCUCUGUCCUCACUGGGCUGUCUGAGAAAGAGCUGUGGAUAUUGACUCUCGGUGCUGCGUUUGGAUUCUCGUCGUACGGCCCGAUCGCACUGUUCGGGGUGAUCGCUAGCGAGAGCGCUCCAUCGAACUUCUGUGGGACGUCACAUGCCAUCGUAGCCCUUAUGGCGAACGUCGGCGCGUUUCUUGCCGGCCUGCCAUUCAGCACCAUCGCCAAGCGCUACAGCUGGGACACGGCCUUCUGGGUAGCGGAGGUGACCUGCGCCCUGACCACUGUUUGGUUCUUCAUGCUGCGCAACAUGCGCACGAAAAUGGGACGAGUGGACGAAAAGAAUGACUGAUCAACAAACACCAAACAAAACACACUACUCAAACCCCGCCAAUGUGAACCUUGCUACAGCAGCAACCGACUAUCAUCUCUGCUCAGAAAGAACACUCUUCGUUAAAUGUAUUUCUAGUGUUAGUUAUAAGCUCAUCUGAGUGCGGUUGUCGCGACUGAAGUUCCACACUUGCACCUGGAACGUUGUGGGAUGACAGCCAGAGAGCCACGUUUGAGACGUGUGAUCCUGAGUGGCUCAGCUUUGUUGUAUGUGUAUUGGAUUUUGCUGCUCUUUGGAUGAGAGUGUUCUGAAUAAAUAACCAUACACUGAAGUACUUUA